AUGUCCACCCCCAAGAACUUAGCUGCAUGGCUCAUCAAAGCUGGCUCACCCCUACAGGUGGGAGAUGCUCCGCUGCCCACAGCUGGUCCAGGAGAACUCGUCGUUAAGAACGCCGCGAUUGCUGUCAACCCGCUCGACUGUCAUAUGCAAGACUCCGGUGUUUUCGUGCAACAAUGGCCCGCCAUCUUUGGUUGCGAUAUCGCCGGUGAGGUGUAUGAAGUGGGAAAUGAUGUUGAAAACUUCAAGAAAGGGAAUCGGGUAAUUGGACAUGCUAUCAAUCUGACUAGUGGGCGCCCCCAGGAUGGCGCAUUUGCUCUUUACACAGUAAUUUCUGCAAACAAAGCGGCCAUACUCCCCGACGAAAUAUCGUUCACGGAUGGCGUUGUGGUGCCGUUUGCAUUGGAGGCCGCUGUCUGCGUGCUUUCCCUCAAGGAGCCCGGUGUAGCCAUGCCCGGUGUAGCCACACCGGCACUGGGCCUUCCGUACCCAUCGCUGCAGGACGUGCCGUCAUCUGGCAAGACGCUCGUUAUAUAUGGUGGCUCAUCCUCUGUUGGCUCGAUGACGACCCAGCUUGCCAAAGCGGCCGGAAUUUACGUCAUCGCCAUUUCCGGGGCGCACAAUUUCGAAUUCAGCAAGCAAUGCGGCGCAGCUCAAAUAUUCGAUCGCAAUGAUACUUUACUUGCCGACAAGGUUAGCGAAGCAGUUAAAGCGAGCGGUGGCGAGUUCGUUGGCAUCUUUGAUGCGAUAGCUACCCCUGAGACUUACACUCACGACAUCACCAUCCUUGCUCAGCUGGGUGGAGGACACCUUGCUUGCGUGCAUCCACCUCCCCCUGCUACCGAUCUCCCCGCUGGUGUCGAUGCCGGUAUGAUAUUUGCUGUCAACGACGUUGCGACGCCUGUCUGGGAGAAAUAUGUUACGCCUGCCUUGAAGUCUGGAAAGCUCCAGUGCUUCCCGCCUCCGCUUGUGGUCGGCAAAGGUUUAGAGCAUAUACAAUCUGCGCUGCAAAAAUCCAAGGCAGGAGUCAGUGCCACGAAGCUAGUGGUAGAGCUGUAA